AUGGCAGGCAAGAUUUUUGAAUCACGAGAUAAGGUUAUAGAAUGGGCACGUGCUAUUGGAAAAAAUCAUGGUAUUGUUGUUGUUACAAUCCAAUCCGAUUCUGUUAAUGGAAAGCGAGAGAGGAAGCAUAAAUUGAUUAUGGGUUGUGAUAGAGGAGGAAAUCACAAAAAGAAAAAUGAAGUUGUGGCCCCUUCUGAUGGCAAUUCUACUAUGAGGCUUAGAUGCCCAUUUAGGCUGGGAUCUGUUCCGAGUGGUAUUGGUUGGCAAGUGGGGGUUAAAUGUGGCAUGCAUAAUCAUAAAAUAGAUAAGGAUAUGUUAGGUCAUGACAUCUUGGGACGUCUAAAAGAUGAUGAAAGAAAGUUUGUGAACGACAUGAUGAAGUACAAUAUGGCCAAGAUUUCAAAAAACAUUAGCAUGAAAUGUAAAGAGUAUGUGAAAUCAGAAAGACAAGAACAUGUCAUGGAUCAAUGGAACAACAUGAUGUAUUCAAAUACAGAAGACGAAUUUGAUGUACAUCUAAACCACUUCGAGAGUGUAUGUGGUGAUGUUCCAUCAUUUGUCAAGUAUUUGAAAGAAACAUGGUUAACACCGUAUAAGGAAAGAUUUGUUGUUGCAUGGACUAACAUAGUCACUCAUUUAGGGAACACAACAACAAACAUGGUGGAGUCUGCACAUUGGAGACUGAAGAACAUGUCGACUACAAGUCGUGGUGAUUUAUGCGCAAGCUGGGAGGCUGUGAACAUAAUGUUGAAGUUGCAGCUAGGUUCCAUAAGAGUGUCGUUUCAAAAAAGUAUCGUCAACAUUGAGAAUUGGUAUAACACUCCAUUCUAUUCUAAAUUGCAUAGUUUUGUUUCAAAACAGUGUAUUCAACUCAUUGGAAUCGAACUAGAAAGAGUCAAAUUUGUUGGCAUACCUAUACCUUUGGAAUCUAUUCAUGUGUUUUGGACAAAAUUGCAAAUUUCAAAAUAUGAGGGUGUUGAAGAAAAAGCUCGUGAUAUUGCCUAUCCAUCCACAUCUUCAAUAUGUCCACCGCCGGUGAAAUACAAGCCAAAGAGAGGAGCUAAGAAGAGUAUAAAAGGUGAAGAAAGUGAUGAAAGUCAGACUACGAAGAGAUCAUGCACACAACUAAGUGGGAGUCAAUCGUCAUCCAUGCCGAUUGGUAAGCAACAUUCUACCAAUUCUGCAAAAGGCAAGUACUUGUCUCAGUUUCCUGCUUUCUUUCAUCCAUACAUCGAUGACUCUGUUAAUGUUGAACCGGAUGGAGAUUGUGGUUUCCGUUGUAUUUCAUCUGCAUUAGGAUAG